GCCACUCGCUCGCUCCGCGUAGCGUGAGAGCGAAGCAGAGCGACGGCAGCGUCGGCGGCGAUGGCGCCGGGAAUAAAGAAGGGAAGAUGCUGAGCGCGACGGGGGAGUUAUUCCGGCCGCAGGACGAGUGGCGGAGGCACCCCCAUGGUUUAGCGCCGGGGACUCGCCAUCGUCGCCUUCGGCGUCUUCCUCGUCGGCGAGGCCGCGCAGUCGCGUGCAACCGCCUCCACGGCUCCUCCGCCCACUGAGCUUCCUGCGGUACGUCAGAGAGCCCCUCCCCCCAGGGAAUCGUCUCCCUCGCCACCUUUAUCCCCUUCCUGUAGCUGAAUGAAAUGGCGCCCCUGUCAAGAUGUUGAGAUCUUGCGGCCGAUCUGUGCGGUUUUGGCAUACAGAUUUAGCCAUUUAGGGAUUUGCACGCGGUAAACGUUGGUGUUUGAAGCAAAUUGAAUGUUAGUUUACGGAAUCUUUGGGACUUAGUCAUCAAACAUGAGUAUUGUUGCAAUUGGAAAUUUGUAGUCCUAAGAUGCUGUGGCCAUGGGAAUGAGGGCCAAUAGGUUAGUACUAGAUGUGGAAGGUAUCUAGUUAGUCCCAAGAUGCUGUGGCCAUGCGAAUGAGUUGUAAAUUUGUACUCCCAAGAUGCAGUAAGCAAGGACGUCUCAGUCUCGUUAGUCUUAAUUUUUUUGACAGAUCUUCAUAGAAGGUUAUGAUGUAUCAGAAAUAGCAAUCCUUCGUUAGUACUAGAUCUUUAAGGUAUCAUGUAUGAUACAUGUUUGUUCGUUCAUAAUGCUUAGCUUGCCUGGUUUAGAGGCGACCAUGAGAGCUUAGUUUGCUUUGCCUUUGUGUACUGCAGAACAAAUUGGUUGGGGAGUCCUAUGUUAUUAAUGGCACUGAAACUGUCUACCCCUUUUCUGCUCACAAAAGUUACAGAGAAUGUGCUGUUCAGAGUAGAAAUAGCCCAAGUUGCGUGCUUUGAUGGUUAUCCAGUUAUCCUAGUGGGCUGUCGAAAUAGAUGAGAUUCUCUUUUGUUUUUGACUAGAAAAAUUUGAUCUCCUUGUGCUGAUGGUUGUGUUAGGAACUUAGGAUCAGUUGCAUCUGCCAACCAAGGUUUUAUUUCAGAUUCAGUUUAGUAUGUUGAAAUUUCAAAGGCCACAAUGAAACAGAUGCUAAUAUAUUCAGAAAAUUAGCAAACAAUUUUCCAUGACUUUGCCUUAUAGGCUGUAUUGCUCUUUAACUAUCACGUGGUAGUUGUUUUGCAGGUCUUGAUACACACCGCACCUGAACUCAGUACAUGAGAUAUCUCUACACACCCACGUGAAAAACUUGAUACAUGAGAUAUCUAUGCACACCUCACCUGAAAAGAAAAUACCUAACAAUGCAAGAUUUAUCUCUUGAUCAGGUAAUACUAGUUCCUCAUAAGUGAGACAACAGAACAAAGUAGAAGCUACCAGAUUCACGCUUGCUAAUAAAACCUCUUCUUCUUUAGACUUGAACAGAAAAGUAAGAAUGAGCGGUUGCAACAGGAAGACCAAGUGAUUUCAUUCAUUUACAUUGAGAUAGACAAGUAACUACUUUUUUCCUAUUUUAGUUUCUACGGUCUCCGUAGAGGUUAACCUCCAUGGUGAACAAUUCCUAUUUUUUCAGCAACCCCCCUUUUUCUGUUUCAAGAACGUGGAUUUUGUUUUGAAGACGAAACAUAUGGUUUUGUAUGAAAGACAGAUCGGAUGGGAGGCAGAUGCUCCCAGAAUUCACCCAGAGUUUGCUCUAGUUCGAGCUUAUCGAUUUUGUAUAUUUUGAAUUUUCUUAGGAAUGAUUGCAAGUCUUGCAGCAAUAUCCAUGGGACAGGAAAGAAAGAGUUCCAUGGAUACUGCUGCAGGACUCGCAAUCAUUUCUUAUAUUCAAAAUAUUGACAAGCGAUAAGCUCAAACUAGAGCUAAUCCUGGUGACUUUUGCUAGCAUCCGCCUCCAAUCGAUCCGAUUUUCAUACACAAACUUCAUCUUUUGAACCAAAUUCGAAGAUUGCAUUGCUGGAAAAAUUAGAAUCGCUCAUCGUAGAGGCUACCCUCCCUCCAUGUUGAUUGUAGAAACUAAAACAGAAAAAAGUAACUACUCAUCUAUCUCAAAUUCUCAAUGUAAACCACUCCAGGCUACUACUUGUUUUUUAGGUUUCGAAGAAGAUACUUUUUAGCAGACUCGAAUCAGGUAGCUUCGUUUCUGUUUUGUUGUCUCACUUAUGAGUAGUUGGUGCUAUAUGGUCAAGAGAUAAGCAUUGCUUUGUCAGGUGUGGUAUGUAGAGAUAUCUCAUGUGCAUCAAGUUCAAGCGUGGCUGAACAUGCUUUCCACCUGACCACCUCCGAAAGACCUUGCUAUGACUGUUUGCAGCUCUUCAUGAGAUGCACCAAGGCCCAUCCUAGUAAUGAACCCAAGGGACUUGUCUGCUGGGCCCUACUGUAAACCAGCUUUACUGAAACUCUGAAACAAUUUCCUGUGUAGUUCUCUGUCGACACUCCUUGACUGUAGUCUGGAUUCGCGGAUGUAUCUGUAAUACCAGCAUGAAAGUGUUGUUCUCGGUUCAUAGAUGUUGCUGCUGAGUUAGCUUGGUCUGAGAAUGCUAUAUGUUGUCAUUUUCAUGGUAUGCUUUUUUUUUCUUUUGAGGAAUUUCAUGGCGUGGUUGCCUUUGUUCAACUAGUAGCAGUAGAAACACGCGAAGGCCCACCGAUGUUGUGCGACGCGGCCCAGCCCACAGCGAACGCAAUCCGUUGGCCGUGAUUGACUGAGAUGCUUCGGGAAAUCUCUCCCGCCAUCGGGCAAGUCGUUAGCCGUGCGGCAACCUCUGCAACACCCUCGAACGCUCUCGAGCUCGCCGAACCUUCUCGCUCGCCACCGCGCUGCGUUCUCCAAUCCCCUCACCACCCUAUAAAUCAACCCCCUCUCCAUCCCGUCACCAUCGCGGCAUAUCCAGCGAAAACACACCAGGAAGUGAGGAAGAGCACCAAAACCAAGCGGCAGCUUCGAAUUAGCAACCUCAAUCGGGCGGGGUUCCUGCUCAGCUGAUCUUCUUCUGUUCGAUCGCUUGAAGUGCGUACACCUCCUUGGACCAGUGAUGAUGUCGAAGGGAACCGUGGCAUUCGCGCUCGCGUGCCUCGCUGUGAUGGCCGCGGCGGUGGCGGACGGCGCUCUGCUCCCGUGGUUCGGCGACGGCAGGCGCGGGCGCGACGAGGCAGCGGCGGCGGCCGUGUCGCCGCUGUCGGACGUGGGCCUCCUGGCGGACCCGUUCCGGAUCCUGGAGCACGUGCCCUUCGGCUUCGACCGCGACGACGUGGCCAUGGUGUCCAUGGCGCGCGUGGACUGGCGCGAGACCCCCGAAGCGCACGAGAUCGUCGUCGACGUGCCCGGGAUGCGGAGGGAGGACCUCAAGAUCGAGGUCGAGGACAACCGGGUGCUGCGGGUGAGCGGCGAGCGGCGGCGCGCGGAGGAGCAGAAGGGCGACCACUGGCACCGGGAGGAGCGCUCCUACGGCAGGUUCUGGCGCCAGUUCCGCCUCCCCGAGAACGCCGACCUCGACUCCGUCGCCGCCAGCCUGGACAACGGCGUGCUCACCGUGCGGUUCAGGAAGCUGGCGCCCGAGCAGAUCAAGGGCCCGCGCGUGGUAGGGAUCGCCGGCGGGGACGGCGACGGCGACGCCAAGAAGAGCAUCGGCGCGGGCGGCGCCGGCACCGGGGAGGAGCGACAGGCCAAGAAGGUCGAGCUGUGAACGGUGGCGUGACGUGUGAGAAGGGUGGUGACUUGGCUUUACGCGUGCAAGUUGUCGGCAUGAUUUGGAUGUCAGCAUGUAUCUUGUAUGCAGAGAAGUGUGUCAUGUGUCGUACUGCCAUGUAAGCGUGCGAGGUUAAAUCGGGAAUAAACGUUUUCUGAUCUUCCUUGCGUUCAGGGAAAAA